UGGAGUCACGAUGGAGGAGUAUGCCAGAGAGCCUUGCCCCUGGCGAAUUGUGGAUGACUGUGGUGGGGCCUUUACGAUGGGUACCAUAGGUGGUGGUAUCUUUCAAGCAAUCAAAGGUUUUCAAAAUUCUCCAGUGGGAGUAAACCACAGACUACGAGGGAGUUUGACAGCUAUUAGAACCAGGGCUCCACAAUUGGGAGGUAGUUUUGCGGUUUGGGGAGGCCUGUUCUCUAUGAUUGAYUGUAGUAUGGUUCAAGUCAGAGGAAAAGAAGAUCCCUGGAACUCCAUCACUAGUGGUGCCUUAACAGGAGCUAUACUGGCAACAAGAAAUGGUCCAGUGGCCAUGGUUGGGUCAGCUGCAAUGGGUGGCAUUCUCCUAGCUUUAAUUGAAGGAGCUGGYAUCUUGUUGACAAGAUUUGCCUCUACACAGUUUCCCAAAGAUCCUCCGUUUGCUGAAGACCCCUCCCAGUUGCCUUCCACUCAGUUACCAUCCUCACCUUUUGRAGACUAUCGACAAUAWCAGUAGAACUUUUUUCCCAGGAUUUCUUUAACAGAAUGAGCUGUAGUUCAAGAAAGAUUUCAGAAGAUCAAGUUGCAGUCUGUUUUUAAAACCAUAGGUGAAACAACUGUGGCCAAAUAGGCUGUGCAGAGACAUUUAGCACUUUUUUCUAUUUAAAGGAACAUGGAGGGGGCGGGAUAAAAGAUGCCACAUUUAUGAAUUCACACUCGGAUUGCAUUUGUGAUCAAAAUAAAUAUCUAAUAUCCUUAAAAGAAAAUAUAAUAAGUGCUUAGAAGAUGAAGGACCAAAGGGCAAAUAACAGUGGAACAUGACCAUCAUUUCCUUAGGGACUUCUCUGCCUGGUUUUGUGUGUUCUAUUAUUCAAACAAUAAAAAGCUACUGG